GCAGAACAACAGCGAUGCCUCUGAUGUCCUGUUAGAUCGUGUUAGCAGCUCCCGAUUCAACUGUAGUUUAGCUGCAUAGCUUUUAGUAACUUGCUGCCGAAACAUGAGUCGACAUUUCGCUGUUGCUUUUUGUUUGGCGUUUGUUUUUCUUCCUGUGUUGGGCGGUUCGUGUCCUGCCCAGUGCAACUGUUUCUUCCACAAAUUAAGUGACGGAUCAAAAGCAAGGAGCGUGCUUUGCAAUGAUCCAGAAAUCACCGUGGUCCCUCCAAACUUCCCCAGCGACACGUCCAAGCUGCGUAUCGAGAAAACGGCCAUCACAAGGAUUUCCAGCAGCAACUUCCACUACCUCAACAACCUGGAGUUUCUCUGGAUGUCGUUCAAUUCACUGAAUUCACUGAACGUCGACAGCUUCCGAGGUCUUUACAACCUGGACGAGCUCCGGCUGGACGGGAACGCCCUCACCUCCUUCCCCUGGGAGUCCCUGACCGACACGCCGAGCCUGAGGCUGCUCGACUUGCACAACAACAAGAUUUCCAGCGUCCCCGCCGACGCCACCAUGUACAUCAAGAAUAUCACCUAUCUGGACUUAUCCAGCAACAGCCUGACGACUGUCCCCGCUGACGUCCUCACAAUGUGGCUCAGCGUGAAGCCGCCCCAGGACACGGAAUCCUCCAAACUAAUUCUCGGGCUCCAUGACAACCCUUGGGCGUGUGACUGCCGCCUGUACGAUCUGGUCCAGUUUCAGAAGUUCCCCUCAUCGACCGUGGCUCUCAUUGACCCCAGGCUGAGGUGCGCCGAUCCAGAGAGCCUGUCGGGGGUCCUCUUCAACGAGGCCGAGCUGCAGCGGUGCCAGGGCCCCCGGGUGCACACGGCCGUGGCUCGUGUUCGGAGCUCACUGGGCAACAACGUCCUGCUCCGCUGUGGCACAAUCGGAGUCCCCAUCCCUGAGCUGACCUGGAGCCGCGCCGAUGGCAAGAAAAUGAACGGCACCGUUCAGCAAGAGAUUUCCAAGGAGGGCAUCAUUUGGUCGAUCCUGAGUGUCCCUGCGGUCUCCUACCAUGACUCUGGGAAAUAUCUCUGCAAAGCAACCAACUUUGUGGGCACCGCAGAUGCAGUCAUCUCCUUAGUGAUCACAGAUUCCUUUCGCUCUGAGGAAACAGCCGGUGGUGUUUCCAAGAAGAACAGAGGAAAGAAACCUGGUGGCAUCGGUAGAGCGGCGUACCAGGAGAAACUUAUUGCCAGAUACGUUCCGCCACCAACUAGCUCAGCCGGAAAGCCCAUCAUCGAACCGCUCAAUGGCAAAGGUGUGACCGGGAAGUAUGAAAUCCAGAGCUACAGUGUCUCUGAUGGAGCUUCUAAGGGACAAGGCAAGGAUUCGGACCAGAAAUCAGUGGAUGUGGAUGCUUUGAGUAACUUAGCAGCCAACGCCUCGUCCUUACAGCAAGCUCCUGAGAAAAGGAUAGUGCGUUCGGUGAAGGUGAUUGGUGACACCGACCAUACUGUUUCCUUGAACUGGCGAGCCCCCACAGCCAUAAAUACCACAGAGUUCAGUGUCCUAUAUGCUGUAUUCGGUGAGAGAGACAUGCGUCGGAUCAAUGUGGGUGCUGGAAAGAACCGGAUCACCAUUGAUGGCCUCGUGCCAAAAACAAAGUACAUUGCUUGUGUUUGCGUCAAAGGCCUGAUCCCGAAAAAGGAGCAGUGUGUAAUCUUCUCAACAGAUGAAGCAGCCAGUGCGAGUGGCACUCAGAAGCUUAUUAACGUGGUGGUGAUAACGGUGGCCUGUGUGAUUGCCGUCCCCCUGACACUGAUCGUGUGCUGCGGGGCGCUGAAGAAGCGCUGCCAAAAGCUGCUGGGGCGGCAGUCCAAGGAUAUACAGGACUCGUACGUCACAUUCGAGACCCUCGGCCCUGGGACCAAAACCAAGGGGAUGGAGGGCGAAUAUCUGACGAGGCUAAACCCUGAUGAAUCCAACAGGUUGCUCUCGGCGAGGUCCAGUGUUGACUCCGAGGCCUUAGCCAGGACUGAGGGGCCACCCAACGAGUACUUCUGCUAAAACCAAACAUAUGCCUCAACCUCCACAGGAUGCACUUUGUUUUAUCACAGCCUGUAAUGUGAACAGUUCAUCUACGGUGCUCAGAGGACACUGGUAGCUCUGUCAGGACUUGUUUUACAGCCUUGUGGGAAUAAAAUCCACCAUUUAUUUGGUGGGCAGCAAAAAAAGGGAAAAUGGCUUCCAAUAUUUACAUGUGGUGUAAAUGUGUAUAUAUAAAACUUGUUUUUUAAACUCAUCAUGCACUUUUAAGGGUGAUGUUUCACAGAGGGAAUUGUCUUGAAAUGUUGAAAUGCCCCAUACUGUCUGAAAUCCAAAUAUUUUUCCAAGAUAUAACCUCGGCAUUGUGUUUGAGUCUUUAUUUAAAACCUUUAUUUAGAGACAUAAUGAAUCAGAUGUCAUGUAGAAUUUAUUUUGUAUCUAUUUUGUUUAUGUGCAAGGUUUACUGUUGGGUCAUAACCCCAACACACACUACAUUUUAUAAAGUGUCAAUAUUUUUGAUCUGAAAUAUGUGUAUGUAUGAAUCUACUGUAUACAAAUAAAUACUUUUUUUUAUUGA